AAUAAUAGGCCAUAACUAGUCUAAAAUGCAUGUUCACCGUUUCCAUAGAGCAAAACUGAUGGCACUAAUAAGUAACAUCAGGAACCACAGUCUUUAUCAACCAAAAUAAGAUAGAAGGGUAUGAUCUUAUCCUGUGCUUCAUUUUCUGUCUCUCAUUGUUAAAUCUUCUUCUAGAAGGGUCACCAAGUUAUUUCAUGCAUCAAUGGCCGGUUGUCAUGUGAGUCCUGUGAUUUUUAGAACCAUGGAUAUCAUGAAGCUUCAAAGAUUGGCUCCACCUGAGAAUCUUUCAAGGAUGAACACCUCGAGAUUUGGUGACAGACUGCUCUGGUUUAAACCCUUCACUGUUGUUAAAGUUGGAGAACAGAGCUUUGGGUCAGGCUUGGCUAUGGAUGACACACUUGCUGAGAAGAAAAGAGAGCUUUACCAGGCAGUGGAAGGAAUCAACAGGGGGAUUUUCGGACUCCCAUCUGCCAAGAAAUUUGAAAUUGAGAGUUUGGUGCAGCAGCUAGAAUCUCAGAAUCCAACUCCAGACCCAACUCUAAAACUAGACAAGGUGGCUGGGUGUUGGAGGCUUGUUUAUAGCACAAUCUCAAUUUUGGGAUCAAAGAGAACCAAGUUAGGCCUGAGAGACUUUAUCUCAUUGGAUGAGUUUUUCCAAACCAUUGACAUAGCCAAGAGCAAAGCAGUUAAUGUGGUCGAGUUCAGCGCAAAGGGGUUGAGUUUGUUGUCGGGACAGCUUAGCAUUGAGGCUUCUUUCAAGAUUGCUUCUGCAACAAGGGUUGACAUUAACUUCGAAAGCUCCACCAUUACCCCUGAUCAGUUGAUGAAUGUAUUCCGGAAAAACUAUAAUCUUCUGUUGGGCAUCUUCAAUCCAGAGGGAUGGUUGGAAAUCACAUAUGUUGACGACACCAUGAGGAUUGGAAGGGACGACAAGGGCAAUAUCUUUGUACUGGAAAGAUUUGAAGAUAGAACAUCGACACAAGCAGAAGGAGGAUCCUCAUAUCAAGCAGCCAAUCAAGCAGUCAAUCAAUCAAUCAAAUCCCUUUACACUUUCUUUUUCCAACUGUAAAGGGCUAACCUGAUUUACAAAUAU